AUGCCAUCCUCCGUCUCCCAGGGAUUCCUUUUGCUAGCAGGCCUGUGCUGCCUUUUCUCUGGCUCCCAGCCUCAAGAUCCCCUGGAGAUUGAUGUGGAACAACAUGGCCAUGAACAUCAGGAGCUUCUCAGCUGCCAAUGCAUCGCCUACAGCAUCAUCCAGUUGACCUUCACCUUGUAUCGGAAGUCUGGUAGUUGGGCAAAAGAUACCAACAUCUUAUUCUCUCCAGUGAAUAUUGUUGCUGCCUCUUUCAUGCUCUUGCUGGGGGCAAAACCCAACAUGCACAGCCAGAUCCUGGAAGGACUGGACUUCAACCUUACGGAAACACCUGAGCAGUACAUCCACGAAUGCUUCCAGCAACUUACGUAUAUCCUCUAUCUGCCAGACCACAAGUCACAGCUGACAAUGCAGAGCAGCCUAUCCACUGCCCAGAGUCUGAAGCUUACAGACAAGUUUGUGAAGAAUGUCAAGGGUUUGUACUACUCAACAGCCAUUGCUGUCAACUUCAGUGACAUGCAAAGAGCCCAAAAUCAGAUCAACGAGUAUGUACAGGGUGAAACCCAAGGGAAAAUAGUGGCAUUGAUCAAGGAUCUGAAGACAGACACAGCUUUUGCCUUGAUGAAUUACAUCUUAUUCCAAGGUAAACUGUAUGAUGAACUAUUUGAGGCUGAAUACAUCUUGGAAGAGGACUUCCAUGUGAAUGAGGAUGUGACCAUGAAAGUACCCAUGAUCAACUGCCAGGUGAGGUUUAUUGGGUCCCAGGGAGCCAACAAUUCUGAAAUGAGCCUCUCCCCUCUUCAGAUCAAGACAGUGGACCUGCACUUUCCCAAGUUGCUUAUGUCCAAAACCUAUGACCUGAAGACUAUUCUGAGCACACUGGGCAUUACCCAGAUCUUCAGUAAUGAGGCUAACCUCUCAGGGGUCACAGAGGAUGCGCCCCUAAAGCUCAUCAAGGACCAAGAGGUCAAGAACUUCACAGUGGCCAUCACUGCUGUGUACUGGGGACUGUCCAGCAUGACCCAUGGCCCCAUGGCCCCCUUCUGUGGCUAUCUGAGGACAAUGACACCCUAUUUUUCUUGCAGCUUCUUCUUAAUAGCGGGGCUCAGCUGUCUGCUCCCUGGCUUUCAGACUGAAGGUUACCAAGACACACAAGCCUCAGACCAUAAAAAGAAGAAGCAGGAGCCUCCUCAAUGCAAGACUUUUGCCCCCAUCAUCACCAACAUCUCUCUGUUCUUACUCCAAAAUGCAGUGCAUCAGCCCAAAAACCCAACAUUGCAUUCUCCCGAAUGA